AUGGCUGAAAUCCAGCAGCUGAGAGACAUGGGCUUCGCUGCUGCUGAAGCAGAAGUUGCCCUGCGGGAGGCCAGUGGCAAUGUGGAACAAGCGCUGGAACUUCUCCUCACCGGUGCCUUGCGAAGCGACUCACCCGAUGAGAGUCCCAAAAAGACUGGAUCUGUGAGUCCCAAAGACUCAGAAUGGCCAGAACUACCCAAGAAACCACCCCCAACACCUUCUUCUCCUUCGGGCUAUGGAAAGUCUGAUGCCAAGCCCCCUGGUCUGGAACAAGAUGAUGCCUUGGGCCUUUCUCUGGAGGAAAAUGUGCCGACACCGCAAAUGCCACGACCUGCGGGGCUGCCAUGUGGCCUGCUCAACGUGGGUAACACUUGUUAUGUAAAUUCUCUUCUUCAGACACUGUUCCAUGCAGAAGAAUUUCGCAAUCAAGUGCUGCACUUCGAGUACGAGCCAAAGCCCAGUGAUGCGACUGAAACAACCGGAAAAUCACCGGAGUCAUCCCCAUCUGAGGGCCUGGCUGCAAAGCGAAGACAGCAUCAUGCGGUGCAACUGGUGUUGGAAUUGCGAAGACUCUUUGGAUAUUGUCUCCAUUCAGAGCGCAGUUGCGUGAGCCCGUCCCAGCUAAUCGCGGAGUUGGUCGACCAGCAUGGGCACAAGUUGCCAGUGGGUGGCCAGGAGGAUGUCAGCGAGUUCAUGUUGAAGUUCGUUGAUCAGCUGGAGGAAGGAUUUGCAGAGAACAAGAAUGCGGAGGUCGACAAGGAGACCAAUCCACUGCACGACCUUCUGUUUGGAGAACAAGUACAGAUUUUUUCCUACCGGGAGACGGACAGUGAAGGUCAGCAAGAGGAUGCUGAAGGCGAAAAAAAGGUUGCGGAGACUUCUCAGCUGGUGGUGAACGAAGAAUGCAGCGAUUUUCUACAGAUUUUUUUGGAUGUGAAAUACAAGAACCUCUAUUCCGCAUGGGCAGCAUCCAGUCAACAAGAUGUGGACUACACAACUCCAACCGGAUCAAAGGCAGCUGGCAAAACGCGAGUCUGGAUUCGAAGGUUGCCCAAAUUACUGUUCUUCCAGCUACAACGAGUCACAUUCGAUCCAGAGACAAAGGAGCAAAUAAAAUUGGAUGACGAGUUUGACUUUGACCUGUCAAUCUACCCUGAUCGCUUUCUGGAGAGGAAUCAAGAGGAAGUGCUCAAGGUGGAGGCGAAAGUUGAACUUCUCCGCAUGGAGCAAUGUGAGAUCGAGAGGGCGCUGCAAAGCUUUCAACAAUAUCCAGCUGAGGCUACAGAUGGUGAGGCUUCUUUGCUUCCAGUCACCAGAUUGUUGUACGGUGCUGCCACUUGCCUGGAAAGAAACUUUCGAUCGACUGGAUCGUCACAGCAGUCCCCUUUGAACUCUGGAAACGUGAUCAACGCCAAGUCUGCUUCUGAUCUUUGUAACGAGCUCCGUGAGCUCCGCCACUCCUCCGGCCACUCCGGCUCCGGCUCCGACUCAGCGACUUUGCCAGCUGUCACCUUGUUGCGUUCCUUAGCAGAGGCUUGUCGCACACAAGAGGAGCAUCUUGAAAGCGAAAAGAAGCGACUUCAGAAAGAGCUUUCGGAAGCAUACCAUGCAGUUGGACAAAGUGAAUAUCAACUGUUUGGUAUUUGGGUUCACCAAGGCCAAGAUGCUCGAUCAGGACAUUAUUUGGCCUUUUUGAAGGAUUGGCGUGAGGAUCGUUGGAUGCGCUUUAGUGAUUCCUCUGUCUCGUUCGUCACUUGGGAAGAAGUUCGGAGUGCUGCCGUAGGUGCGGCUGACAGAACCUCUGACAGGACGGCUGAGAAGGCUGAGAAGGCUGAGAAGGCUGAGAAGUCUGAGAAGUCUGAGAAGUCAAGUUCCUCUGCGUACGUCUUAGUGUACAUGGAAGCCUCACUCGUGCGAGCUCACGAUGCUCAAGCUUGUCAGGAGAAAAACCUCCCGAUUUCUUCUGAGUUGUACGAGGAGAUCCAGGCUGACAACAUCGUGCUUCAGAACGAGCGCGGAAGCUGGGAACAGCAGGUGAAAACCAGAGAGUUGCGUCAACAUGCUCAGGCCAUUUUUCAACAUUAUGCAGGACUAUUGCAUCGUUGGGAACCACGGAAACAGCUUGGAGAUGCUGCAGGCAAUCCCCAUGAUCCGAAUCAUCGCAAGAUGUUAAAUGACCCAGCAUUGAUUUGCUUGGAAUUGUACCUCUAUCGCUCUGGGGGAGAGCAGGACGUCUGGCACUACUUGCUGCAGAGCAGCCUGGAAGCACAGAAGGAAGUUCGCAGCUGGAUGCCAGAAGACGAAGGUCGGAUUCUUUUCUUUCUGGCCGAAACCUUGCGCAGCCAGUCAUGUUAUGUCAAAAUGCUGCAAGAGAAAAGCAAUGAAGAUGGAUCCCCAAGUGCUGAGGGUGACAAUGAAGCAAAAACGACUUCGCAAAGCAAAGAAUACGAGUUGAUGGACAUCGCUCUUCCGCAAGUACACGAGAGAUACAAAAAUGUUUUGAUACAAGCUUACAUGCUGGAUGAGGCCUUGAAUUUAUUAAAGAAGGAAGGUGGCCUGGCUCUCCCUCGUGCAAUUGGCUUGCUCAGUUUGCUUUGGGCACAUUACAAUCUGGACAUGGAUUAUCGCUUCAGACACAACGAAGUCCUUCUGGUCCUGAGUUCUUUAAUGUACAACACUGUAACCUGCAUCGAGCAGGACGAGCUCUCGAGAUCUGCCUUCCGUGAACUUGGUGAAUACUUUUUCAUUGUGCUACACUGUGUUGAAUGGCCGAGAGGUUGGAAAACUCCACUGCAGAAUCGCAUAAAAGCUAUGUUUCCUCAAUGUCAAGACCUGUUGGACUUGGAGCUGGCCAACAUUCUCAAGGCCAGAGCACAGCGUGAAGGAGCCUCUGGGGUGACUCCGACAGCCACUUUCGCUGAUCAGAAGCAAUUGGUGAGACAAAGAUCGCUAUUGUUCACCGAUGGGAAGACCGUUGAAGAUUUCGAAGAUCACCCACCACCUGGCGAUACAUUUUUUGAAAGGCACCGCUCCCUGUGGUCGUGGACAAUGACAAAUGAGAAGGUCCUUGCACAGGAAUUUGUGGCUCUCGCAGGUGGAGCAUGUGCAUAGUGUCCUUAUGUGAUUUAUGUGUCCUUGCAUCAUUCAAUUGUGCUUUGGGACUCGUGACACUUCGUGAGACUUCAUGGUGCAAAAUGCCGGACUCCGAGUUCAUCCCCAAGUCCGUGUCCGUGUGACUCGACGCCAAGGAUCGCCUAGGGAUCUGCCAGGGCUCCAAGAGAUCAGCAACGCAACGACGCCUCCAAGAUCAAAA